CUUUGUAGAGUAGGUAGAGUAGAGUACCCGCCAAUCCCGGCACGGAACGGUCGCCGGCCCACCGAAAUCGGCAUGGAGCACAUGUAGGCAGAGCAGAGUGCAGGGCGCUGGGCAUUCGAGUGUGCGGUCUCUCUCUCGAAAAUUUCAAUGUUUUUUCUUCUUUCUUUUCUCUUCCUUCUUACACUGCUGCAGAAUUUGAGACGAGACGAUGGGAUCUGGGCCCGUGGGUGGUGGUGGUGGGUUGGUGGUUGGUGGUGCUGGAUGUUGAUACCGGCCGGGGGGCUGGCCGCCAUGGUUCGCAAGAGCGAUAAACGAACACAUAGCCCCCCAUCCCCCACCCCCACCGGGGACAACUCCACCUUCUCGCGUUGAUAUGCAUCCCCGUAGUUAUAUACGCGUAUGUAGGUUGGGUAUGUCGAUAUGUCUAGAACCUCGUCGGAUUCAAGGCUGUGUUUCCGAGGCGCGCGCAGUGCACAGUGUACCCACAGCCACUCGACUCUGCUAUUUGUGUGAAGGUAUAUGUAUCAGCAUGGGCAUCAGCCAUCCAUCCAUCCAUCUAACUACCGG